UGAUCAUCCCUAAAACCAGCGAAGGGAGAACUGCAUCUCUUCAAACUGCACUCUAACUUGUCAGGAGUCGGAGAGAACAAGAGCAGACAGAAGCUUUAAGAGCACUCAGACAGAGGACACAGUAAAUGUGCUCAGGUGUGUGAGCCUGGCUGGUUUCAUGGGGAGGAUGCAGCUGCCGGAGACACUCAGCAUCGGACCUGUGGUGGUCGACACAGCGUCUGAAGCCACUGCCCUUCUGCUUUUACUGCUGCUGCUGCUGCUGCUUCUCGCUGCGUGGAGCCGAACAAACCGGUCACAGAUACCCGGUCCUUCCUUCUUAGCAGGACUCGGUCCUGUCCUCUCCUACAGCAGAUUCAUCUGGACUGGGAUAGGAACGGCGUGCAACUACUAUAACAACAAAUAUGGCAGCAUUGUGCGGGUCUGGAUUAAUGGCGAGGAGACACUCAUUAUAAGCAGGACUUCAGCAGUUUAUCAUGUUUUGAAGAGCGCCAACUACACAGCCAGAUUUGGGAGCAAAAUAGGGCUGGCGUGUAUUGGGAUGGAAGGGAACGGUAUCAUUUUCAACAGUGAUGUUGAGCUCUGGAAAAAACUGAGGACAUAUUUUUCCAAAGCUCUGACAGGCCCCAACCUCCAGAAGUCGGUGGGAAUCUGUGUGAGCUCAACAGCUGAACACUUGGACAGCCUGCAGGAGAUGACCGACCCCUCCAAGCAUGUGGAUGCUCUCUCUCUGCUGAGAGCCAUCGUGGUGGACGUCUCAAACAAGCUUUUCCUCAGGGUGCCGCUCAACGCAAAGGACUUGCUGCUUAAAAUCAACAACUACUUUGACACCUGGCAAACAGUUCUAAUAAUGCCUGAUAUAUUCUUCAAGGUUGGAUGGCUGUACAACAAGCACAAGAGAGCAGCCCAGGAACUGCAGGACACGAUGGAGGUCCUUCUGGAUUGUAAACGAAAGAUGAUAAAUCAUUGUGAGAAGCUGGACGAAGCUUUUGACUUUGCGACGGAGCUUAUCUUUGCUCAGAACGUCGGAGAGCUUUCGGCAGAUAACGUCAGGCAGUGCGUGCUGGAGAUGGUGAUUGCUGGACCUGAUACUCUUUCCAUCAGCCUCUUCUUCAUGCUGAUGCUGCUGAAACAAAACCCAGAUGUGGAGCUGAGGAUAGUGGAAGAGAUGAACACUGUCUUGAGUGAUGACAGUGAAAACAUUGAUUAUCAAAGGUUGAAAGUGCUGGAGAGUUUCAUCAAUGAGUCUUUGAGGUUUCAUCCUGUGGUUGAUUUCACAAUGAGAAAAGCUCUGGAAGACGACACCAUCGAAGGCAUUAAAAUCACAAAAGGAACCAACAUCAUUCUCAACGUUGGUCUCAUGCACAAGACUGAAUUCUUCCCCAAACCCAAAGAGUUCAGCCUGAUGAACUUCGACAAAACGGUGCCCAAUCGUUUCUUCCAGCCCUUUGGCUGUGGGCCCCGCUCCUGCGUGGGCAAACACAUCGCCUUAGUGAUGAUGAAGGCCAUCCUGGUCACUGUGUUGUCGCGUUACACCGUGUGUCCUCGCCAAGGCUGCACCCUCGACAGCAUCAGGCAGACUAACAACCUGUCGCAGCAGCCUGUAGAGGAUGAGCGCAGCCUGGCCAUGCGCUUCAUCCCUCGGACAACACAACCUCAACACAGUCAGCAGAAUCAUCACUGAGACACAGGGGGUUACAUCUGGGUGGAAACUACUUUUGCAACUGAUACAAAAAAUAUUCUCUGGCCAAGUCUGUACAAAUCAGGGCUGCACGAUGUGAGAGAAACACGUGAUAUCACAAUAAUGUUUUUAAAUAUUGCAAUAAUGAUGCUACUUGCGAUAAAUACAUGAAGUACUCAGCUCUGCCUCUCUGCUCCUUUUAGUAUAGUAGAAUGUUGUCUCCUUUGGCAUUACUGACCUUUAGUGAAUACGACUGAAGGUUUUAGACGAUACAGAGCAGAGCAAAGGUGGUUUUCUGGACUGUGGGAUCCAGUAUGGAAAACCAGUGUGGACAUGGAUAUACAGGGCUCCUACAGCUUGAGGCAAAUUAGAUUUAAGAUUGUUUAAUGCCACUUGAUGAUGUUUAAAACCAAUUUUACAGUAACCAAAAUUGAAGGAGGAAGAAAACAAGAACCGAUGUCAAUUACCUAGAGGUAGGGACGUGAUGAAGAAAAAUGCUCCUUUGGGUAGCUGUGUUUAAUCUAUUAGUCUUGUGAUCAAAAUUGAUCUGAAGCUCAAUCCUCAGAUUGUUCUGUAAGUCCAAUAAAUAAUAAAUAUAGCAACUUCUAAUCAAUUUCAGGUUUAAAGUAACAACUUCUGGUUCCGUCCCACCCAUUUACAGUGUAAGCCACACCCACUUCUAGUUCAAACUCCACCCAUUCUGAGUACACUUAUGGAUACAGAUAAUUAAAUUGGUUGAACAGAUACAGAUAAUGGUGUGCUCGCUCAUCCCCAAUAGAAACAGAUAACACCCGCGAGCAAUUUAGAGUCACUAAUUAAGCUAACGUGCAUGUCUUUGGACUGUGGGAGGAAGCCAGAGAGCUUUGAACCCCAGUACAUUCUUGCUGUGAGGCAGCAGUUCUUACCACUGAACC